AUGACGCUAGUCGAAGGUGAUGACUAUCAACGUCUUUGGCUGCUUGUUGGGGAGCUCUCACAGCAGCUAACGACAAAUAGAGAGGUGGCCGCUCAAUUGCAAGCAAGAGUCGAUGAGCUCAAGGUGCGUCAGAGGUGACGGAGCCAGAGUCGCUUGAGAUGGAGCUGAGGAAUGUCCGUCGCAUGCACACCCAGGGACAAGCGCUCCACAAUAACACCGGAUAUGCGCUUCGUCGAUUCAACCUGGACAUUUCUAAGGAAAAGUUUGAAUCAAAUUUGGAAAAGCUUAACGCCAGUCUAGUAGUUGAGAAUCAGACACUUGCCCACGAAAACAAGCAGCUCAAUUUGCUGCUGAGGGAAUACGAGCAGACCUUGGAAACUAUCAUGGGUCGCUUCAGGUCCUUUUCCGUGAGCGUGGAUCGUUCGUGCCGGGUGCGGUUGUUUAUGUGCUCACCCACUGAUGCACACGCCCGCAUCGACAUAGCACGCAACUCAAUCGCACACACUUCAGCUCACAUCUCACUACGAGUCGCUCCUUUCACAAGCAGAAGAAGACCAAUCCAGCCGAGACUUGUCCGAAUCGACAGCCGUGUCGAGUCGUCUCAGCGAGAUGGGAUCCUUAGUGCGUCUUGCUAUGCGUACUCUAGAUGGUGAGGUGUCCACCUCUCCUUCACCGACAAGCCCUGCAUCCGGCGCAGCCGGACCUGGCUCAAUUUCGCAAAGCACCUCGGAUCAUACCGAGAGUCGCGGAUACGGUAGCGCUCCGAGCGCCGAUCCCAAAUGGCAUGGAACUGGUGGUUAUACCGGCACGGCUGGUGACCCGGAUGCAGCUCGCUCUGCAAAAGUCCUAGAAGACACAACGGAAGAAGAGCGACUGCGUUAUGAGAACGCACAGUUGCGCGAGCUGCUCAAGAUUGCUACUGAGAUGCCUGAACUACCAGCAGAGCCGCCCACAAGUGCCCAACUGAGCCUUGGCCAGCCUCGCAAAGGCAGGAGGAGCAGCAGCGUCACCGCACCAGCAGACCCGUCUUCUCCCCCAACUCGGGCAACGGAGACCUACACGAUCGGUUCUCCCUCUUCCGCGGAUUCUGUCCCGCGCUCGCCUUUGAGAGCAAGGGCUGCACCGAUGAGUCCUACAGGACGGGCGACUGGCCCUACAUUGAUCCCUCCGGGCGGAGCAGGCGGACCACCUCAACUUGACGGCCCUCCUCCUCCCAUCAGCAGCAUGAGCACCAGCCCCGUACGUGCCAUACCCGCUGCGCUUGUGGCGCGAGCAGGAUCUAUCUCCCCCUCGAAGACGCUGAGUCGACCUUUGUUCGAAGAUGACGAGCUCGAGCUGCCAGUCAGGGACACUGCACCUGUCUUUGAUGAGGAGAACAUCUCGGAAUCGCCAGAUCUCACAAUUGAAGAAGCUGCAGCCGAGGCGGAAGCGGCGGCUGAAGCAGUUGCGCCUGGCGCACAGGUCGACGAGCUCGGUGCUGCCUCUACUGAAGGGGUGGAGGGCCUCCCUGUUAGCUUAGGUGGAUCAAUGACGGCCACCAGUCAGGAGUCGGAAUCAAAGGACGAGCCAGAUUCCGCAAGAUUCGCUGCUGUUCGUGAUGCCAUCCCAGAUGAGCUCGACCUGCCCGACUUGCCGUCCCAGAGUAUUGCUUCCUCUGCGACUUCGGAUGAUGACAUCAGCAGCAGCAGCUCGCCGGCCACAUCGGAUGCGUCUCAACUAAGCGCAGAGACUGCCCAAACGGUUGACUCAUUAAGCGCGCGCACGGCGUCUGAUCAGACGCAAGUUGCGGCUACCACCAAUGCGGAAGGCAAUAAGGCGCUUCUGGGCUUGGAUAUCGGAUCAGAUGUCAAGGUCGACCAGGAAGCCACAGAAAAUUCACCCGAACCUGUCUGA